AUGGAGAGUUACAUCUGUCUAGUACUCCUGCCCGUUUGUCUGUCCGUCACAUCUACUCACUAUGAACAAGGAUGUUGCGAGAAAUCACCAGAAAAGCUAUGCUUAAAAUGUUGCAAUAACUAUUUAUUGAUCAACGGAACCUGUUAUGAGUGUGAUCCAGGACGCUGGAACAAAAAUUGUUCCGAUUUGUGCGUUUAUCCUUACUACGGCGACUUGUGCAUUUCUGUGUGUGACUGUGAUCCACACCUCUGCCAUACCAUUACAGGAUGUUCAAAUGAAGCUCCAAACACGACAGAAACAUCAUUGGUGGAAGUAGAUAACAAGCUCAAAAACAUUGUUCAAAGUAGAAAUAAAAAUGGCGAGCCAAUCUCAAAUAUAAGAAAUAUUUCACACUUACAAAUAAUCCUACUGGUAGGAGGCACGGCGCUCGGAUGUUGUAUUUUAACAAUAAUAUUACUUGUUAUCAUCAUUAUCCGACGGCAACAAACCGGUCGGGAUCUGGAUGCAGAUUAUCACGAACUACGGAUGUUACGUCUUCACAUGGAGAAUAAUGAGCGGAGGAGGACUGCACCGGUGGAAAUGAACACCUAUAAAAGCAUAUGUACGUUGUCCAAACCCAGAUCGUUUGACAGCUCGGGGUCCCACUGUUAUCAGGAUAUCCCAGAGUACACUACAAUGGGAAGAAAUGUGGAAGAACGAGAACAAGAGGGCGGCCUUGACAUGGGUUCCUGCUACCAGAAGAUAGAAGCCUCUAAUACCUCUGAUGAAAGCUAUGAGAGACCAGUUUUUAUGCUGCCAGCUUAACCAGAAACAAAGCAAGGAUAUUCAGUGGUAUUUGGGUUCAGAUAAACCGUGAAAAACAAAGAAAUAAAGCUCUAAAUCUUGUAAAUAAAUGAAGUUAAAUUCAUUCUCAUGAAGACAAUUCUGUUACCGAGUUUCAUCGUUUUUUUUUUUUUCAAUCUAUAAUGUACAUUUGAAGAGUU